CAGUCCCCGCCCGCUGGCUGAGGAGGGGAGGGGCGGGGCGGAGGGCCGGUCGAGACCACUGCCCGGAGCGGGGAGUAAGAGGCGGUCCCGCUGGCGGAGUGAUCUUUUCUUGUGAGACGAGUAGUUCGCAACUCAUGGCCUCCACAAUGAGUACUGCAGUGUCGUGACACCAGAGUUCUUGCGUGCCCUGGAGAUGCGAGAGUCCCCCUGGGCGGCAGGAGGCACGCGUCUAGAGAAUGCUGGAGCUGCCGGAGGGAAGCGCCCAGGGCAAAGCCAGAGAGGAGCCAAGAGGAAAAAGGCAAGCGGGCAGCCGGCGCUGAGAGAAGCGGGCGCUAGGAAGCGCUUCGACGCUGCCUCUGGCGGCACGCUCCCCAGGGGGACUUGACGAGAGCCCAUCUGCGUCUGUGUGAGACUGUGAGCUCAGGAUUCCUGUCAAUGCAUUCCAGUAACCCCAAAGUGAGGAACUCCCCGUCAGGCAACGCACAGAGUAGCCCCAAAUCAAAGCAGGAGGUGAUGGUCCGUCCCCCUACAGUGAUGUCCCCGUCUGGCAACCCUCAGCUGGAUCCCAAAUUCUCUAACCAGGGCAAACAAGGGGGCUCCACCAGCCAGUCCCAGCCCUCUCCCUGUGACCCUAAAAGUGGAGGUCACCCUCCCAAAGUGCUCCCUGGCCCAGGUGGGAGCAUGGGGCUGAAGAAUGGCUCUGGAAAUGGUGCCAAGGGGAAGGGGAAGAGAGAGAGGAGCAUUUCAGCGGACUCAUUUGAACAGAGGGAAGCUGGGACUCCUAACGAUGACCCUGAAAUCAAAGACUGCAAUUCUGCUGAUCAUGUGAAGUCUCAGGAGUCUCAGCACACACCACACUCCAUGACUCCUUCAAAUGCUUCAGCCCCAAGGUCUUCCACACCUUCCCAUGGUCUGACUGCCUCUUUGGAGCCAGCAAGUGGACAGAAGACUCCAUCCAAAGUGGUUUAUGUGUUUUCUACUGAGAUGGCCAACAAGGCUGCAGAAGCUGUGCUGAAGGGACAGGUGGAAACCAUUGUGUCCUUUCAUAUCCAGAACAUCUCAAACAGCAAGGCGGAACGAAACACUGUACCCUUGAACCCCCAGAUCACUGCACUUCGGACUGAACCCAAGCUGCCACAGACCCAGCCCUCUGCUGCCCAGGACCAGAACCCUCCCCAGAAUGCCAAAAUGCAGCCGACUCCACCUGUGUCAGCACCGGUAUCCAAAUCCACUGGCCCUCCGUGUCCUAUAGAUCAGGACAGUCCCAGCGUGGAAAGCAAAGUGAUGUCUGUGGGCAGCCCUGCAAACUCUACCCCGUUGCAGACAGAAGGCUUCGGGCAGAGUUCAACCCCCAAUAAUCGAGCAGUGAGUCCAGUUUCUCAAGGUAGCAAUAGUUCUGCUGCAGACGCCAAAGGUCCUCCCCAGCAGGGGUCUGGCGGGGAGGCCCCCAGCUUGGGGAAUCCCGACGGCCUGUCGCAGGAGCAGCUGGAGCAUCGGGAGCGCUCGCUGCAGACCCUGAGGGACAUCCAGCGCAUGCUCUUUCCUGACGAGAAGGAGUUCACGGGGGGGCAGAGUGGGGGGCCGCCCCCCGCUGCUGCCGUGCUGGAUGGGCCCCAGAAGAAACCCGAAGGGCCCAUACAGGCCAUGAUGGCUCAAUCCCAAAGUUUAGGCAAAGGGUCAGGGUCUCGGACAGAUGGAGGGGCUCCGUUUGGCCCUCAAGGACACAGGGACAUGCCUUUUUCCCCAGAUGAAAUGGGGCCACCACCCAUGAACUCCCAGUCGGGACCCAUAGGUCCAGACCACCUGGACCACAUGACUCCCGAGCAGGUGGCCUGGCUCAAGCUGCAGCAGGAGUUCUACGAGGAGAAGAGAAGAAAGCAAGAACAGGUGGUUGUGCAGCAGUGUUCUCUGCAGGACAUGAUGAUCCAUCAGCACGGGCCUCGUGGGGUGGUCCGAGGCCCCCCCCCUCCCUACCAGAUGACCCCUGGGGAGGGAUGGGGACGGGGCCCGGAGCCCUUCCCCGAAGGCAUGAACAUGUCACACUCUCUGCCCCGGGGAAUGGCGCCUCAUCCCAACGUGCCUGGGAGCCAGAUGCGCCUGCCGGGUUUUGCGGGGAUGAUGACUCCUGACAUGGAAGGCCCCAGCGUCCCAAAUCCUGCCUCCCGGCCUGGACUUUCAGGUGUUAGUUGGCCAGACGACGUGCCAAAAAUUCCAGAUGGACGAAACUUCCCUCCUGGACAGGGUGUCUUCAGUGGCCCUGGCCGAGGGGAGCGGUUCCCCAAUCCGCAGGGUCUGCCUGAAGAGCUCUAUCAGCAGCAGCUGGCUGAGAAACAGAUGGGCCUCCCUCCUGGCUUGAGCAUGGAAGGCAUCAGGCCUGGCAUGGAGAUAAACAGAAUGAUGCCCUCCCAAAGACACAUGGAGCCUGGGAACAAUCCCAUCUUCCCUCGCAUGCCAGUGGAAGGGCCGAUGAGCCCCUCCAGGGGAGACUUUCCAAAAGGAAUACCCCCCCAGAUGGCCGCUGGCAGGGAGCUGGAGUUUGGAAUGGGACCCAGCAGCAUGAAGGGGGACAUGGGCAUGAAUGUCAGCAUGGGCUCCAACCCACCCCUGGUCCCUCAGAAGCUGAGGGAGGCAGGAGUCGGGCCCGAAGAGAUGAUGAAACUGCGCCCUGGUGUCUCGGAGAUGCUUUCCUCCCAGCAGAAGAUGGUGCCGCUGCCGUUCGGGGAGCACCCGCAGCAGGAGUAUGGCAUGGGCCCCAGGCCUUUCCUUCCCAUGUCUCAGGGCCCAGGAGUCGGCCUCCGGAACCUCAGAGAACAGAUUGGGCCUGACCAAAGGACUAACAACCGGCUCAGCCACAUGCCGCCACUACCUCUCAAUCCCGCCAGUAACCCCAACAGCCUCAACACUGCUCCCCCCGCGCAGCGCAGCCUCGGCCGAAAACCCCUGGAUAUCUCCACAGCCGGUCAGGUGCAUUCACCAGGAAUCAACCCCCUCAAGUCCCCCACCAUGCGCCAGGUCCAGUCUCCCAUGAUGGGCUCUCCCUCGGGGAACCUCAAGUCCCCUCAGACGCCCUCCCAGCUGGCAGGAAUGCUUGCAGGCCCCACUGCCGCAGCUGCCGCUGCCUCCAUUAAGUCCCCUCCCGUCUUGGGGUCUGCUGCUGCUUCUCCUGUCCACCUCAAGUCUCCAUCUCUCCCUGCACCUUCUCCUGGAUGGACUUCAUCUCCAAAGCCUCCUUUGCAGAGCCCUGGGAUACCCCCAAACCACAAAGCGUCUCUCACCAUGUCUUCUCCAGCCAUGCUGGGGACUGUGGAGUCUGGUGAGUGCCGCCUCUGCCAGCCAGGCUGGCUCUGGAGCUUGCGUUGGGUUGCUGCAGAGCCUGCAGCCAGGGCGGGGAGGCGGUUUCCUGCCGUGGCAGGAGCUGGAGGGCGCUUUGCGGGGUGCCGAGGGUCUGGUGGAUGCCUGCGUGGCCGAAGCACGAGUGCUUUUGCUCUUGUGUUUUGUGGGCUUGCCCCACGGUGGCCGCCUGUGUGUCCAGGCGAGCGGGCUGGUCACUCGGGACCUGAAGGAGUGUGGGGUCAGGAGGUGGGACAAGAUUGGCUGUGUUAGUGGGAGAAAGCUCUCUCGGGAGGGGUUUUGGCCUCUGCCGUA